AUGGACUUCCCCACGGAACGUAUCCUGGCCCUGGCUCGCUUCGUGGCACAUGUGCUACGAUGGGUUUUCGAUUCACCGUCCCAUGUCGACGAUCCAGAGCGGGAUGACAUGAAUAACACAUACUGUUGGGUUGCAAAAAAGUGCGGCUUUCAGAUGAACCAGUCGCUUGAUCAUGAUGGCUUCAAGCUCAAAGGAUGGUUGCACGAAGUCAUGCGAUUGAAGCUGGAGUAUCUGGUUUCGCGAUAUCAUCAUCGAAUCGAGUUCGUCCGGCCGGGAACCAUGUUCGAUAGGAGGUGGAUGACCGAGAUACCCGAUGAAGAGGGCAGCGCAUUGAUACCAGACACGCAGUAUCGUGUUCGUCUUUGUGUCAGCCCCGCUCUCGUGGGUCGUAUCGACGAUACGAAGUGGUCGCAAGGACCUGUCUCGACUCACGAGUGUGAAGAGUACAAGCUUGCUCUUUUGGAAUCCAGAGACUUCUUCACCGAAGACACCGUUCAGGAAAAGGCUUCGCUCUGA